AUGGGGGGGAAACGGCUAAAGCACCGUGCUGGUAAUAAUAGCGGCGGUGGCGACCGCAGCCGCCGUAACAACCAGGGCGCUGGCCAGCGCGGAAACUACGCUUCUAUCCCAACCGAGAAUGCUCUCUACGAAUCCUUCUACAAGCAAUCAAGCUUAAUUCCCUCAGAAGAGUGGGAAGACUUCUGGGCGUCCUUGCAGAGGACACUGCCAACUACUUUCCGCUUCACUGGUGGGAAAGCGCAUGCGCUGGGGGUAUUGAAGACAUUGAAGGAGACAUUGAUUCCGCAUCUAGUCGGGAUUGAGUGGGAGGGAGUGCUAGUGGAGGCGCCCAGGGCAUUGGGAUGGUUUCCUGAUAGCUUGGGUUUGUUUAUUCCUCCAUGUUUUGCUGGGAGGAUCCUAUUAAUGGAUCGGCAGCAUGGCAGUUAUCUGUCGGAAAGUCCACAAUCCGACGAUGUCCUCCGUUUAAAAAGUUUCAGAAUUUCUUAGUUGCGGAGACUACGGUGGGGAAUAUUUCACGGCAAGAGGCGGUUUCCAUGAUUCCACCGUUGGUGAUGGAUAUUCAGCCGCAUCAUGUGGUGUUGGAUAUGUGCGCCGCGCCGGGUUCGAAAACGGCACAGCUGAUUGAAGCGAUUCAUGCGAAUGAGGAGGCACACGUUCAGGCUGCGAUUCAAGGUGAAACCGUUGACGAUGCGUCUGGUGGUAGACCGGCAGGCUUGGUCAUAGCCAACGACGCAGAUUAUAGGAGAAGCCAUAUGUUAAUCCACCAAACCAAGCGUUUGAACUCUCCGAAUUUGAUAGUUACGAAUCAUGAUGCUACCAUGUAUCCUAGCCUUCUCGUUAAGAAUGAAGACGGGAGGAAGGAGUACUUGAAAUUUGACAGGAUAUUGGCGGACGUACCCUGCUCUGGUGACGGUACUGCUCGGAAGAACUACAAUGUCUGGAGGGAUUGGAGCCCCCUAGGUGCUAUAGGUCUACACUUGACACAAGUCCGAAUCCUGGUCCGUGGCCUACAAAUGCUGAAAGUUGGUGGGCGAAUCGUGUACUCCACCUGUUCCAUGAAUCCCAUCGAGAACGAAGCGGUUGUAGCCGCCGCCAUAGACCGCUGCGGCGGAUUGGAAAAGGUCAACAUACUGGACUGCUCUGACCGCCUUCCCGAGCUCAAGAGACGGCCGGGGGUGAAAGGCGGCUGGCGAGUAAUGGAUAAGGACGGCUCCUGGUUCAGCUCUUUCGAGCAGGUUGGUGAAGCAGAUAUGCGUGAAGCAAGACUUAGUAGGAUAGUGCCUAGCAUGUUCCCAUCCGAGGACGGAAAAUCCGAUGAAGAUGGACGUAGGAUCCCGCUAGAAAGGUGCAUGCGCGUCUACCCACAUUUACAAGACACGGGGGCAUUCUUCAUCACAGUUCUUGAGAAGAGGGCGGAAAUUGGCGCCGUUAAGAGCGAGGAGCAUGGGAGGAAGAAGAUGGCUGCUAUUGCGAGGUCUAAGGUGGGGACACCUAGCGGGGGAGGGAAAGGUGGGGAAGUCGAAGGGACACGAGAAGGAGCUGAGUUAGUGCCCACGGCCGCUGCAUCUGAGCAACCCCCCGCCCCUGGAUCGCCAUCCAAGAGAAAGUUGACAGAAGCGGUGGCCGGCACGAGUUCCCCACUUGCAAAAAAACCCCGAUCCGAUCUCCCAGACCCUGACGAAGACGACGACUCCGAUGGUGGUGUACAGCUUGUUGGCGAAGAAGCCGCACCUGGGAUCCCCGCGCGGACUAAAUCCUCUAACCCUCCCAAGAAAGAUAAGGCCCCACCCGCUGAAGAACCCUUCAAAUACCUUCCAGCAGACCACCACGUCCUGGAAAACAUCACAAAGUUCUACGACCUCUCCCCGCGCUUCCCGAAAACCUGCUUCAUGGUGCGAAACGCCGAGGGUAUCCCUAGUCGAGCAAUCUACUUCACCGGCUACCUCGCGAAACAGGUUCUAACCUCUAACGAAGGCUCCAACGUCAAAUUCGUGCACUGCGGGGUGAAAGCGUUCAUGAAGCAGGACGUGCAAGAGGAGGGUGUAUGUCCGUGGCGGAUCCAGAGCGAGGGGUUGAGUAUUCUUGAGGGAUGGAUAGGGGAGACGAGGGUUGUGCGGGCCAAGAAGAGGGAGACGGUGAGGGGGCUGUUGAAGGAGUUGUUCCCGAAGGUUCAUGCGGAGGGGCAGGAAGGGGAUGUUAUCGGGGAGAUUGAGGAGAAAGUAAGAGGCCUUACGAUGGGGUGUUGCGUUCUCAAGGUCGAGGCGACGGAAGGGGAAUUUGAGGACAGAAUGGUCUUCCCGCUUUGGAAGAGCAGGCAUAGCUGCAAUCUGAUGUUACCGAAGGAUGAGAGGAAGUAUGAAUCUCACUGCUAUUGCGGUGCUGGUUCGUGAUGGAUGACUAACGAAAUUAUAGGGCGAUGCUAAUGCGCCUCUUCAACGACGAGUCUGGCAUCAAAGACUCUACAAAUAAAAACUCCCACCUCGCCCGGGACGCCGCUGCCGCCUUGGUCGCCUCCCCUAUAGACCACAAAUCCCUAAUGGCCCAAGCCAUAGCCAUUGCCCGCAAUUCAACCUACAUCCCAUCAGCCUUCUGCGUCGGCGCCAUCAUAACCACUCCAGGCGGAACCAUCCUUUCAACUGGCUAUAGUAGAGAACAACCCGGAAACACCCACGCUGAGCAAGUCGCCAUCGACAAGGUCCUCUCUUCUUCAUCCGUCCCGAAGGAGGCAGCGGUAUACACAACUAUGGAACCCUGCAGCAAAAGGCUCUCCGGAAAUAAGUCCUGUGUGGAGCGGAUUUUGGAGUGCUCGUGGAUCAGGAAGGUUUAUGUUGGUGUCGCGGAGCCCGGCGAUUUCGUUGAGAAUAGUGGGAAGGCGGUGCUGGAGGCAGCUGGGGUUGGGUAUCAGUUGGUUGAGGGUUUGGAGGGGGAGUGUUUGGGGGUUGCGAGAGGGGAGGGGGGUAAGGAGGGGGGUAAGGAGGGGGAGGGGAGGGAUGAGGAAGGGGUGUGUUUGGAAGGGGGGAAUGUAGUUAUGUAG